AUGAAACAGUUAGGAUUUGGUGAGUGCAAGUACGCUGGAUAUGGUCAACUGAUCAAGACAAUCGAUUUCGGGGCUAAAGAUGCCCAACUCUUCCAAAAGAUAUUCUUUGCGGAGUGGUGUGCACCAAUGAUCAACUUGAGCUUCAAAGCCGGCGAUAUGGCAACACAAGUGUGCGAGACUCGUGUUGAACUUUUGGAGUUUGUUGAAAAACAAAAGAAGUCAACGGGAAAUAUGAGCGAACUCUUUGGUGCCGAGUUCACGCCAUCGGUUUGCGCAAACGACUUCAUUUGGAUC